AUGGCCCGCGGAAACCAGCUCGUCCUUGAUGAAGAUGACGAUGAAUAUUCCUGCAAUUCCUGCGACCGAUCCUUUGGAAGUCGACACGCCGCUCUCCAGCAUGCCUCGAAUGCGAGUAUUCACCGCAGUGAGUGGUGCAAUAGGUGCAGCUGGCUUUUCAUAUCUCCCGAUGCCCUCCGCCAACACCUCGCCAACUCUUCCCUCCACAACCAUUGCGAUCGAUGCAAUUACGAUGUAGGCGAUCUUUCCGACCUCGCCCGUCAUCGCGAGGAUGUCCACUUCCAGUGCUGCGAGUGCAUGAAAGUUUUCCAGAACCAAAAUAACCUUCGCAUGCACAAGCAAGUCCACUUCGAGCGCGAUGUUGAGUGUUAUGGCUGUGAUCGCGAGUUCGCUACCACUUCCGCCAUGGUCCUCCACCUCGAACGAGGGACAUGCGGCAUUGGUACCGACAGCGACGAUAUCGCCGACUGGGCGUUGGGCUGCAUCUACGCUGAUAUGUUCACCACGAACGGCGGUGGCUCAUGGUCGUUCGAGUGCCCUGGAUGCAACGCCACCUUCCGCUACGUGAGCGGGCUUCUGCAGCACAUUGAGAGUGAUGCAUGUGAUCAAGAGCUUUGGAACAACCCGAUCGAUGAGUUGCUGGACCUGAUUGAGUCUGAAGCUCGACGGCUACUGUGA